AUGUUAAAGAACAACAAUCAGCUGAGAAAUAUAUUGUAUGAAGCCAAGUUCUACCACAGCAGCGUGGAAAUGAGAACAAAAAAGACAUCUCAAUGCAAGAAACACCAGCGGGUCCUGAACUUUUUCUCUGAGGACGACCACAAGGUGCUGUGUAACCUCUGCACGAAGGACCACCAGGUUCACCUCCUGAAGUCCCUAGAAGAGAUUGCCGCUCAUCACAGUAAAGGGAUCAUGAGUUCCCUUGAUCUUCCUGAGGAAUCAAUUGGAUGCUAUGCAAACUUCCGUGCCACUCAAGAGGAGAAAUGA